CCGUUCCCCUCAGGGCAUGCGAUCAAGAUGAUUCAACUAAAGACGAUGCUGAAUUGCAUCGACAACUCCGGCGCCGCAGUUGUCGAGUGCGUGAAUGUCCUGAAGAAGAAGCGGCCAGCCACAGUCGGUGACCGAAUCGUCGUGGUCGUUCAGAAACAGCGGAACUUUGGCCCCGAAAGCUCGACCAACAGUGGUAUUGCAAACAAAGUCCGUCGCGGAGAUAUUCGUCAUGCCGUCGUCGUCCGAGCGAAGAAGGAAAUGCAGAGACCAGAUGGAUCUAUUGUCAAGUUCGAUGACAAUGCCUGCGUGUUGAUAAACAAGUCUGGAGACCCGAUCGGAACAAGAAUGAACGGAGUUGUGGCUACGGAACUACGAGGAAAGCAAUGGUCGAAAAUUUUGUCGUUGGCACCGAUGCAUGUUGAGACAGGUCUUCCGGCCGGGUGGGAGGUCCGCCAUUCUAACUCCAAGAACCUCCCUUACUAUUUCAAUCCCACGACAAAGGAAUCUCGCUGGGAGCCUCCAGCAGGCACUGAUACGGAGACGCUCAAGGUUUACAUGGCCAACUACCAUAGCGGGCCUACCAGUCGGCCUGAUGGCACAGGUCAUGGUGAAGGCAAAAUCCGCUGCAGCCACCUUCUUGUCAAGCAUAGGGAGAGCAGACGUCCCAGUAGCUGGAGAGAGUCUGAGAUUACUCGGUCCAAGGAGGAGGCGAUUGACAUCCUUCGUGGCCAUGAAGACCGCAUCAAGUCGGGCGAGGUCAGCUUGGGAGAUCUUGCGAUGUCAGAAUCAGACUGUAGCAGCGCCAGGAAGAGGGGUGAUCUUGGCUUUUUUGGACGGGGAGAAAUGCAGAAGGAAUUCGAGGACGCUGCCUUUGCUCUACAGCCCGGUGAGGUCAGCGGAAUCGUUGACACGGCUUCCGGUGUCCAUCUCAUUGAACGCAUUCAAUAA